CGCCGCUGCCUGCAGGCGCCGCUUUAUAAAGAGCUAAAUUUACCAAACUUUACGUUGUUUCCUGAGCUCUCACAAUUGGCCAGGCGCACUCGGGUUAGAGAGUUAUAAGGUUCGGAGGACCUCCUACCACUUUUAAACUUGUUCAUGUCUUUGGAGCCCAGCUGCGGAGAGGCGACAGUGAAAUAGGCGCACGGACUCUGGUGCGGCUGCCGCUCAGCACGACGCGACUUUGACAAGAGAUAGUUGUUUAUCACCGAACGAUGGCCUUAUCCGGAGUGAUGCUACCGUCAUUUUCGACAUUCUCAAACCAAAGAGAGAAAACCUGGGAAAACAGGUGGAAAGGAGACACGGACAAACUAGUCUCCACCAACUGCUCCAUGCUUGAAAUGGUACACAACCUGGACAGUAACAGCAAAAGGGACGACGAGGAUCUGAGUAAUUUUUUGGAUCUGGAUUUUAUUCUCGCCAACACAACUGGCUCAGAAAGCGCGGCGGAAUUUGUGGGCACAGUUGACCACGGCAUGUACACGACGGGAAACGCGGUGCCAUCCUACCCAGCAGACGACCACCGCUCCCCGCCGCCCCCGUACGGCGCCAGCCUCAUGACAGAGCUGCUCCGCGCAGAAGGAACCAACAACUAUGGCAUUACGCGCAACCCCGGCGUUCAGGGGAGAUUUCACGUCAACACCGUGCAUUUUCCCCGCCAGGACAUCAAAGUGGAGCCCAUGGACGGCUACGGUCCCGUUUUGGGCAUGGUGCCCCAAAGCUGCAGCAAAAUCAAGCAAGAAGGGAACGUUUCGUGCAUGAUGUCCUUCGAGCAGCCCCGGGUGGCCAUCUCCCCGCGGGCAGCCAGCAACAUGACCCCGCCUCUCAGCCCCGACGACCAGGGAGCUUCGGACUGCCAGGCACAACUGUGCCAGCCCAUGAACUUCUCACAGAAGUACCACACACCGGCGGCUUUCCCGCACCACCCUCAGGUUCCCCAGAUGCAGAUGUCCUACCACACUCCGCAUACUGCCUUUGGCAUGUACGAUGAAGGUCUCAGCCUGCAGCCAGGCGCGCAGAGGGUCAUGCUCACACCGCCCUCAUCUCCCCUCGACCUGCUGGAGUCCAAACCAAAGAGAGGACGGCGAACAUGGCCGCGCAAGCGCACAGCCACUCACACCUGCAACUUCGCUGGCUGCGGAAAAACGUACACCAAGAGCUCCCAUCUGAAGGCACAUCUCCGAACUCACACCGGUGAGAAGCCGUACCACUGCAGCUGGGAAGGCUGUGGAUGGAAAUUCGCCCGUUCUGAUGAGCUGACCCGUCAUUUCCGCAAACACACAGGACACAGGCCCUUCCAGUGCCACCUGUGUGAGCGCGCCUUCUCCAGGUCUGACCACCUGGCACUUCACAUGAAGAGACACAUGUGAAGGAGCCCACAAAGGGACUUGGGGAGGGGAGGGGUGGGUCGUGUUAUUUUUUGUUGUGAUUCAACUGAUGUAUUUUUUAUUUAAAUUGCUCUCCACAUGACCAAAGUCUUUUUUAUAUAUAUAUAAUAUUGGAUUACAAACGUUAGUGUUAUUAUUUUCUAAUAAUGUAGCUGGUACUACUUUGGUUCUCUGAAAGCUUUAGAAAAGCUUUGUUUGCUUUAGAGCAGGCAGACCAAGAAGGGGCUGGCCCUGUAUAUACUACUCUUCUUUGACAGAACUGGAAUGCUGUGUUUGACACAAAGUGCCUUUCUAUGACUGUGCUACUGUAAAACUCUUCACGACAGAACGACAUGGCCACACAACAGAACAUGUUCUUAUUGACAGGAGCGAGAUGCACAUACAGUUGCCUGAACAUGUGCAAAGACAAUGUUUUAUUUAAACUGCCUCAAAGUCUGUAUGGCCUAAACUGUUUAUUUUAUUGCUUCCUACUAUUUGGAGUUGAUGUUGUCUCCUCUUGUGUGAAACUCUUGGGUCCAGCCCCUCUGUUCACUCUCAGGGCUUGACGUCCUGUGCAUUAUUUUUCACUUAAAUUUAUAUAAAUAUGUACAUGGAUUUUAUACUGUAAAAUGUAUUUAUUGUAAAUAUUAAAAACAAUGAAAUUGGA